GAAAAGGGGAAAAAAAAAGAGCUGAGUAAUGCUGGAGUCUUCUCAUGUGGCUGAUGCAAACCUGGAGAAUUUGCAUCAUCAUUUAGUUCGUGUGACAGGAGCUUAAAUACAAGCGCAAGAGGAAGCUGAGCUAGUUUCUAAUGAUAGGCGGCAGCAGCAGCAGCAGCAGCAGCAGCAGCAGUAGGGGCAGAGCCCAAUGUUCGGGCAGCAAUGAGAAGGCACAGGUGUUCUUGAGGAGUAAUUAGAGAGGCUGGAAGAGUAAAACUCACCUUUGAGGUCCAUAACUGUGAACACUAGAGCAGCGUGACAGGAAACAAGGAAACAGUUCGAACUCAGGGAUCAGGCAGAGCAGACCUUGUUUUAGAAAGUUUUUCUCGUCCUCCUCCUCCUCUUCUUCCUUCUCCUUCUCUCCUUUUCUGUACUUUUUGCUGUUUUAUUUCUGUUUCUCCCCUUGAGUUUGGCAGAAUUUCACUAUGGUCAGGAAGCCUGUGAUGUCCGCCAUCUCCAAUGGAGGCUACCUCCAAGGAGAAACCCAUGGCCAGUUGCCCUCCGCAGAUGGCAAAGAGCCCCCGGGGCAGGAAAGGGUGAUGCUGAAGAAAAAGAUCACGCUGCUGAGGGGCAUUUCCAUCAUCAUUGGCACCAUCAUCGGAGCUGGCAUCUUCAUCUCCCCCAAAGGAGUUCUCCAAAAUACGGGCACAGUGGGCAUGUCUCUGAUCGUCUGGACCGUCUGUGGGCUCCUAUCCCUGUUUGGGGCUUUGUCUUAUGCUGAAUUGGGGACAUGUAUAAAGAAAUCCGGAGGUCACUACACUUAUAUCUUGGAAGUAUUUGGCCCAUUACCAGCUUUUGUCCGAGUCUGGGUGGAGCUACUCAUAAUACGCCCUGCUGCCACUGCUGUGAUAUCCUUGGCAUUUGGACGCUAUAUCCUGGAACCAUUUUUUAUUCAGUGUGAAAUCCCAGAACUUUCAAUCAAGCUAAUUACAGCCGUGGGCAUCACCACAGUCAUGGUCCUGAAUAGCAUGAGUGUCAGUUGGAGUGCCCGCAUCCAGAUUUUCUUAACCUUUUGCAAGCUCACAGCAAUUAUGAUAAUUAUAGUCCCUGGAAUUAUGCAGCUAAUUAAAGGUCAAACCCAGCACUUUAAAGAUGCCUUUUCAGGAAAUGAUGCCAGUAUUAUGAGAUUACCAUUGGCUUUUUAUUAUGGAAUGUAUGCAUAUGCUGGCUGGUUUUAUCUCAACUUUGUUACUGAAGAAGUAGAAAAUCCUGAAAGAAACGUUCCUCUUGCAAUAUGUAUAUCAAUGAUCAUAGUCACCGUUGGCUAUGUCCUCACGAAUGUGGCCUACUUUACUACCAUCAGUGCUGAGGAGUUGCUGCUCUCUAGUGCUGUGGCAGUGACCUUUGCAGAGAGGCUUUUGGGAAAAUUCUCAUUAGCCGUCCCAGUCUUUGUUGCCCUUUCCUGUUUCGGCUCCAUGAAUGGGGGCGUUUUUGCUGUCUCCAGGUUGUUUUAUGUUGCUUCCCGUGAGGGUCACCUUCCAGAAAUCCUCUCCAUGAUUCAUGUCCGCAAGCACACUCCUCUACCAGCUGUCAUCGUUUUGUACCCUUUGACGAUGAUAAUGCUUUUCUUCGGUGACCUUGAUAGUCUUUUGAAUUUCCUCAGUUUUGCCAGGUGGCUUUUUAUUGGGUUGGCAGUUGCAGGGCUGAUUUAUCUCCGAUACAAACGGCCAGAUAUGCAUCGUCCUUUCAAGGUGCCACUGUUUAUCCCAGCUCUAUUUUCCUUCACGUGCUUUUUCAUGGUGGCCUUGUCCCUUUAUUCUGAUCCAGUCAGUACUGGGAUAGGCUUUGGGAUCACGCUGACUGGUGUCCCGGGAUACUACUUCUUCAUUGUCUGGGACAAGAAGCCAAAGUGGUUCCAGAGAAUAUCAGAUAGAAUAACCAGAACCCUGCAAAUAUUGCUGGAAGUGGUACCCACAGAUGACCAUGAUAAGUCAUGAUCAAUUGAUUUCCAAAGAAGGCGAUUUAUGUUGAUGUCCUCCUUGUACCUGUUUCCAUCUGAGGCAAAAGGAAAAUGAGCAACCGCUUCCUGGGAUUCCAAAGGACUACAAGACUGGCUUACAGCUCAAAUCUCCACAGAAACAAGUACCUCCAACAGUAAUUUUCUUAAGUGUUCAAACCUACAGUCAAUCAUUUUAGAUGUGCCUUAGGUACAUGUGUAGACAGCUGGUAACCAGCUUUUCUACCACCAUGCACACUGCUCUUUUUAGGGGCAGACACUUUCUGUGAGUAGGGGAAGGAGGACAGAGAAUGAUAAAUCACUCUAAUGAUCUUUCUCUGUGACGUUAUGUUACUGAGUCCUACGGUCUUCAAAUUGAAGGCCGUGGGAUGUAUUCUGUAUUAUGUGUUUUACAAAAUGGUUUUAUAUACUGUAGGUAGACAUACUGUGAAAAGUGUUCUCUGCUGUUUGGACGUGGCAACUCAGCUCUCUUCUGAAGUGAGAAUGAGUGACAGGGGGUAACACCUUAAUUUUACAGCUUUAAUCUGUAUGCCUUCCUCCUUGUUUUGUUUGCACUGUAUCAGUUUCCCCAAGUACAACCACACUAGCUUAGGUAUCACUAUUCCCUUUUUUAAUAAACUGGUCCUAGGGCAUUUGGGAUGGGAUGGAAGGGAUGUGGCUCAUUUUCUCGAGUGCUUUGAAAGAGAAUAACUUUGGGGCUAUUGUUUAUCAGGACUGCUCAGCAAAUGUGCUGAACUGAAAACCUCUGAGGAUUUAUUGUCAAGAUUUUUAAGCACAGAGGCAUGUAGGGAAUUGGACCCUUUGGGAAAAGUCCUUUUAUUCCUUGAGAGGUGGGUGAAGUGGAAAGGAUCCAGGUCUUCACCCAUUCCAAAUGAGUCCAUUUGAUUUUGAAUCCUCACAGAAAAUAACUGAGUUCCCAGAGCUGGGUUUUUUCACCUCCUGAUAUCACCUGGAAUAAAGUCCCUGUUGAAUAUAUCAACCUCCCCCCCCUUUUUUUUGCAUCUUCUUGGAACCAACAUCAUCAUUAAAGAUGAUUCACCAAAGUGGGGAAAUUGCUCAGACUACAUCCUUGCACUCAUAUCUGUAUGCACUGUUUCUAACUUAAGAGGAGAUUUUUGUAUUUCAAUAAUUUUAUAAAGUGAUAAAAUUUCAGAUUUUUUUAGUGUCCCUGUCUUUUAUACAUAAUAAUAUUGAAAAAGAAAACUAACAACAGAUGAGUAAAAUAGUGUGCUAUACUGAGUGAACAUUUAACUCAGAUUUAAGUGAUCUUAAUUUUAGACCUGUCUCCCGCAAAUGUGCUAGGUGACUUUGGUCAUAUAACUAUCACACUAAGCCUCAGUUGCUUCAUAUCUAAAAUUCGGAUAUAUAGCUCUGAAUUUUUGUAACUUGUGAAUUAGAGGAUGGAGGGGAGGGAAAGGGUAGAAGGAAUUCACUUUGGAGUAGUACCAGGGAGAAGAGGUACACCUUAUGAUGGUAUCUUGGUACCAUCCAAACGUUUAAAUGUUGGUUGAUGUGGGGCAAAGCCCAGGUUUCCCUGUGUUAGUUAAGGUUCUGGUAAAAUAGAAGGGCUGAAUUGUGAACAUCUCCAAAUUUAUAUUCUGUGUGUUCAGAUUGAGUAAAGAUGUCUAUUUUCAUGAAAGACUGAGGGGAAGGGCUGUGGAAUACCCCUGUUACUAAAGACUUACAUUCUGUUUAAGAAUUUCCAGCACUAUUCCUCAACAUUGUCAGUAAUUUCAACAUUGAGAUCAAUUUCACUCACGAAGAGAAAAUGUGUGUGACGUGUAGUUGAAAAGAGAAUGACAGAAAAAUGUAUUUGAGCAUGUGUGCAUGUGAAUGUGUGUGUAAUUACGUUGCAUACAUGUACCCCAGGAGAGGAAGAAGGAAUGAAAGAAGGAAAUUUUCUUUAAAAAAAAAAAAAAAGAAUGCUUUAAAAAAUGGAAUCAAAGCAGUGAUGAAGUUAACAAACUCUUUCGUGUUACACAUCUAAUUAAAGUUCUAGUGGUGGCCAGAUUCUUAGACUCUAUAUGGUCUCCAUGAUAUUGAAAAUAAUAGCUACAAUUUAUCUAGUGCCUACAAUGUUUUAGGUACUUUACAAACCUCACCUCAUUCAAUCCUCACAAUAACCCUGUGAGAUAGGUGCUAUUAUUAUCUUCAUUUUACAAUUGAGGAGACUGAGGCAGACAGAGGUUUAAGUGACUUGCCCAGGGUUACACAGCUAGUUGAGUAUCUGAGGUCAGAUUUGAACUCAGGUCUCUCUAAAUCAAGGUCCAGAGUUCUAUCUAGUGCUUGCUCUGGCAGACCCCAUUUUACAGAUGUGGAAACUGAGUUCCAGAGUGAGGAAGUGCUCAAGGUCACGUAAACAUAAAAUGACAAGUUUGGACUAAGGCAACUUUUGAGGUGCCCUCUGAUUACCUGUUUCCAUAGGUAAUGAACUACUUAGUGUAACGUGCUUAGUUUCUGCUUGGUCAAUGCUCCUUCUUCAUCUCUUCCCCAUGUUAGUUUUCUUCUACUAUAUUGACCAAAAUCAGAUUAAUCUUAAUAUUUCACAUAGAAAUUAAUGUCUCAUUACCGGCUGACUUUGGUAACAAGGAUAAAACCACUAUCAAAUAUACUUCCUUUUUUUUUUCUUUAUUGUGGGGCAGUGAGGGUUAAGUGACUUGCCCAGGGUCACGCAGCUAGUAGUGUCAAGUGUCUGAUGCCGGAUUUGAACUCAGGUCCUCCUGAAUCAAGGGCCAGUGCUUUAUCCACUGCACCACCUAGCUGCCCCUUCCUUUAAAAAAAAAAAAUGAACAUGCUGGAAUGCUAUUAUUGCAAAAUUUUAUUGGCAAAACCAACAUUAAAUAUACUUCAUUUUUAAGAAAAUGAAUAUGCAAGAAUGCAAUUGUAAUUUUAUCUAGGCUAAAUAUUUUAGUUCAGUUGACAAUUUUUAAAAGUUAUGGCAGCUAUUCAAAGUUUUGUUUCUUUGGGGAAACAUUUUGCAACUGAGG